AUGCGCGGUGCAGAAAAUAAAUCAUUAAUAUUUGUUGGACUCCUUUUCAGCUGCCUAGAAAUGAUCUUUUCAGCUAACACAGGUUUCUCUAUGUCUAUAUACGAUGUGACAUCACGAAGCAUUUAUCUCAGAUGGCCCAAGUUUUCAGGAGCCUCUUCUUAUAGAGUCACAGCUACAGCUGUGAAUACUGUAGGCCACUCAUUACUGGCUCAUUUUAGUGAUGUUACACUUAAAGGAACUCUAACUCCAUUAAUUCCCAAUACUAUUUAUGCUAUACAAGCAGAAGCCAUUGACAAGAAUGGAAUUGUUCUUGCAGAAACACAGAUUAUGCAGUCAACAGCCCCAGACAUACCUGUUAUUGACCAAGCUUAUUCAAAACUUAGCAACAGUAUCACAGUGGAAUGGAGAGCAGUACCUGGGGCGACUAGUUAUCUGCUGACUGCACAAGAUGGAGAUUCCUUCGUUGAAACUAUAGUUGCAAAUUCUCCAGGCACAGUGACGGGACUGAAACCUGCCACCUUGUACAGAAUCACUAUCAGAUCAAUAAAUUCAGGAGGAAAAAGCCAGCCUUCACCUUUCAGAAAAGCAAAAACAGUCCUGGCUGCUCCAAUUCUUUCUGUUAGUUCUCCAAGUUGUGACUCCAUUGCAGUGAGCUGGAAAGCUGUGUAUAUGGCAGCUGGAUUCUCUGUGUCCCUCAUGAGAUCAGAUGGUUUAGGCAGAAUGCUGAAGGAGAACACCACCAAUACCUCCAUGAUAUUCACAAAUCUAGACCCAGGAACUCUCUAUACCAUCAAGGCAUAUGCCUGGAAUGUCAAUGGGAUCCCUGGAGAUGAUUUCACAUAUAACCAAAGAACCAUUCCUUGUGCACCGGUAAAUAUAUCAAUUGAAGAGGAUGAACCUGGUCACUUGUUGGUAUCAUGGUCUAGCGUCAAUUUUGGUCAUUAUUAUGUGGCUUUUGUGAAGAGUGAUGAUGGCUUGGAAGUGCACUGCAACACAUCACAUACUCAAUGCCAUUUCCAGUCGGACUGUGGCUUCACUUAUUUCAUUAGUGUCUUUGCAUAUAACAAAGCAGGGCAGAGUCCUUUAGGUGAUGUAUUCAAUUAUACUACUGCACCUUGUUGCCCCAGCGACUUCAGGGCGGCGGUGGUGUCGAGCGACACCGUGCGGGUCACCUGGGCUCCUGUCCGCGGUGCUGAAAUGUACCAAACCAGAGCGGUCGGCUGGAGCGGCGCGGUGCUCUGCAACGACACCGCCGCCGCCUGCACCUUGUCGGAUCUCCAGUGCAACACCCGCUAUAAUAUCACGGUUUAUUCUUUCAGCGAGGCCAGGGGCAGCAACACGUCGUGUGCGUCUAAGUACGUGGCAACAGCACCCUGCAGUCCUGAAAUUAAAAAUAUCUCAAAGGAGGCUCUUUCUGUAAUCAGCGUGCACUGGCAAUCUAACAAUGAAGAAGCUACAUAUAUUGUCACUGCCAGAGGAGAGGCUGGACUUUGGCAUUGCACAAGCUCUGGAAGUUCCUGUACCCUAAUUAAUCUUCCCUGUGGAUCUGCUUUCUCUGUUAGUGCUGUAGCAAGAUCACCAGCAGGACAGAGCUUACCAAGUUACAGUGUCCCUUUAGAGACAGCUCCUUGUUGCCCUAAUGAACUGAUACUAACUCAAGUGACGCAGUCUGUAACAAAUAUCAGCUGGUCUGUUGGGAUGGGUGCACAGACAUAUAUAACAACACUGGAGUCUCCAAGAGGACAGGCAAAGUGUCACACUCUUCAAAACUACUGUCUCCUGGGAUGCAUCACAUGCGGCACCAACUACACAGUAUCUCUGAAAGCAAUCAGUGAAACGGGUUUGACAUCCAGUUGCACAUAUCAAGGAUAUUCUUCCAGUGCUUGCUGCCCUUCUGGGGUGAAGCUCUAUAGACUCGGCAAUAAUGGUAUCAGGGUAUACUGGCGAGCUUCUGAUGAAACGAUAAACUACAAUACUGAUUUACAUGGCUCAAAAGGCAAUUUCACCUGUAGCCCUAGCUCAGGUCUAAGUCAUUGCGAUAUCACUGAGAUACCUUGUGGGGAUGUCUACACAGUGGUAGUAUCUCCAAUUACUGAUACGGGGCCGAAGCUUACAUUUUGUCCUAAGAAAAUAUAUUCAGUAACCUGUUCUGGAAGCUCUGUUGGAAUGGUGAUUUAUAGAGGAAAGAGCAAUGCAGAACAACAUAUCUAG